AUGUCUGUUGAGAUCUGGCCGUCUCUGCCUCCAGGGCAGCUUAUAACAGCCGUCGAGCAGACGCAGCUCCCUUGCACCAGGCCGCUGACGACUCGGUCCGCCCAGAGACGGGAGCUGGUAUGGCUCCUGAACGAGCUGCACGGGACCCUUCAGAACCUCAAGAGCGGCCUCGAAGACUGCUAUGCUCUUCUUGCACCCGUCGACCCCGGUAGCACCCUCGUCGUCAGCACUCCCAGGAACGAAAUCGUCAAGGGCCAUAUCACCCGGGUCGGGACGAGAAUAGUCAAAGGCAUCCUCACGCUGAAACUCCGAACUAUUCAACACCAAACCUACACUGUAAAUGCCGAGCACCCGAUACAAAUCGCGCCCCUCGCCACGCUCCAUACCCUCCUAAACCACUCCAUCGACCUCCUCACCCUCACCCUUAGCUACACAUACUCCUCCGGCCCCACGGAGCCGCCCGCGUCGCCAACCCUACCCACGGCUACAUUCAUAGCCGCCCAGCUCCGCCUGCUGAGCCAGUCCCUCACCGAGGCCACGUCGCUCCUCAGGGGUCCCCAGCCCCUGACCGCGUCCGACGCGACGUGGGUGUCCAAGUCCUGCAGUCCGGCCCACUUCUCACCGCCGACGGGGUCCAACCUCAGCAUACAGUGGGGUCUUCAGGAGAGCCAACUCGUACUGUGGCUGAGGACCUUGGAACCGGCCGACGCCCCCGUGAACCUGGGCAUGAAGUUCGCGCUCGCCAUCGGCACGACCCGCCGCCUGGAGCACGACGAGGCUGAGCAGGUCUUCAUGUACACCUACCCGGACGGCGCGGCCCCGGAUCCCCAGAAACACGGGGGCAACGGCGGUGCGGCGGGUGGCGUCGGACAGAAGAGUGGUGCCAAGGAGGGCAGUGGUGAGAUCGAGGCGCAAGUCUUUGUGCGGGAAAAGGUGCGCGUUGAGAGUGCUGACCCUGCAUUGAUGUCCCUGGGAAUCAAGCUCUCCGCGCUGGCCAAGACACUGGCUAUCGCCAGGGGGAAUCUGGCCACCGUCAUGGGUGAAGAGCUCGACGAGUGA